CCAAAAACAGCCUUAGCUAUGCUUACAUAGGACUAUUAUAAGCACAACUUAAAGGAUUUUGAAGGAAUGUGUCUUUAUCAACAGAUUCUUACAUUUUUGUCCAAUAUCCUUCCCUUUUUGUAUAGUCUGUCUGCAAUAUCAAUGACUCCAAAGUUGAAUCAAUGUGCUCAUGUUGCUUCCUGAGCUGCAAACUAAAUAUGCUGCAGAAAGUUUUUUGUGAAGACAUGGCCUCCAGCAUUGGGAAUGAAAAGAGUGUGAAUCCUGUGCUCAGAAUAAGUCAGCUUGAUGCUUUGGAACUAAACAAAGCCCUGGAGCAACUAGUAUGGUCCCAGUUUACCAGCUGUUUCCAUGGAUUUAAACCAGGGAUGUUGGCUCAUUUUGAACCAGAACUAAAAGCAUUUUUAUGGCUUUUAUUGUGGAGAUUCACUGUCUAUUCCAAGAAUGCAACUGUUGGACAGGCUAUUCUGAAUAUUCAGUACAAAAAUAACUUAUCUCAGACAGAAAAAUACCAACCCCUGAGCAAACACCAGAAGUUAUGGUAUCUUAUUUUCACUGUUGGUGGACGAUGGUUGGAAGAAAGAUGUUAUGAUUUAUUUAGCAAUCGUCAUCUGGAAUCUUUCUGCAGAAUUAAACAUUGUAUUAACUUUGGAGCUGGACUUCUUAAACUUUGUGGACUACUAAAUUUUCUGAUUUUUCUUCAGAAAGGAACAUUUGCAACCCUCACAGAACGUAUUCUAGGAAUUAGAUCAGUUUUUUGCAAGCCUCAAAGUGCUCGUCAGAUAGGAUUUGAAUACAUGAACAGGGAGCUCUUAUGGCAUGGCUUUGCCGAGUUUCUAAUCUAUCUACUACCACUUAUUAAUGUACAAAAACUAAAACUCAAAAUUUCUUCUUGGUCUUUGCCUAUUGCAGGUCUUUCCAGUAGUGAAAACACAUUAGCAGCUCACUGCAAGGAGUGUUCACUAUGUGGGGAGUGGCCUACCAUGCCUCAUACCAUAGGCUGUUCACAUGUUUUUUGUUACUAUUGUAUUAAAAGCAACUAUUUAUUUGACAUGUAUUUUACAUGUCCUAAGUGUGGCUCAGAGGUACACAGUGUUCAGCCACUGAAAUAUAAAAUAGAAAUGACAGAACUGAGGGCUUGAUUUGUUUUUAUACAGUACAUGAAGUAUUAUAUUACAUAGAUGACAGGAAAAAUUCAGAAAUUACUGUAAACAAACAGCUUGAAAGAUGAUUUUGAAAAUUCUGUGAUUUGUUGUAACAUAUCAUGUCUUUACUGGUAUUAGUUUUUUUAUGGAGGAGCUGUGCCAGCUUGCCUCUCUGAAGGGAGGAAAGAAAGGAGGUCACCAGGUCUUCUACUCUCUGACUAUUCGAUCCUUGUUUGGUGCACCCUCUGUUGUUGAGUCUCUCUUAGAUCCAGAGCCUUGCAGCCUACCGCUUUUUAGCUGCAUGCAAUAUACUUCCCUCAAGGUUAGAGGAGAAGGUGCCUUAGGAACCUUUACCCAUUUUGUGAUUGUUCUCAACAGUGUUAUACAGACUCAGUACUAAAUUAGCUAGUAGGUGGAUUUAGUGGGAAAGAUGCCCAUGCCUUAAAUAAUAUUUUUUAGUCAUGUCUAAAGAAUAAUUUUAAAUUUGAAUAUUUUUCCAAAUGUGAUGUUCCACUGGAAAAAAAGGAAGGGUGCAGGAUGAACUGUCGUCUCAGCGGAUUAUUAACAGUUCUCAUCAGAUUCAGCCACUGUAAUCAAUAGACCAUGAGCUCUAAGUGAUCCAUGUGGUAGACAGACAUAUUCAUAUUCUCUAUAGAUAAAUUAUUAUAAGAGAUAUAGCCAUUGCCUGCUCAAAUACAAAGCAGGUGCUUUCUAGAUCAUGCAUUUUCUCGCCUAACAGUAUGUCUGUGAUCUUUGGUGAUGUAUAUGACCACCUCCCAAUUCUUCCUUAUAAAGCUGAAGGACCCAGUCCAUCAUCCAUUGGAAUGUGGCAGGUACAUGAUGUAACCUGCAUUUUUCUGAAUCAGAGAUUGUGGAGAAAACUGUUUACUCACAAGAUGCUGUCAUGGGGAUUUGCCACACUUCCUUUUGUGAUGUGGUCAAGCUGCAUGCUGCUAAACCACGCUAGCAGCUCUCUACCACACAGAAAACAGAUCAGACAUCAAUAUGUGCAUAUAGCUGUAUAAAAAAUAGGUAACUCUUCUUGGUUGAGGUUAUUACUAUUUGUUUCACUUGUCAGCUUUGCAAUGGUUUUAUUAUUCCCAGUUUUAAUACUUUAUCCAUUUAUUCUCUGACCUGGUUUCGUAAGUGGAUUUGGGUUGGGUUUUUUGUUUGGUUGGUUUUUCUUUACCCAAAUUGUUGUCCUUUUUUACAGGAAGUCCUACCCAGCAGUCUCAUUAAAACAAAAAUACAUCUCAUCCUUUUUUGGUUCUUAAAUUCUUAAAAUCUUAUACAGUUAAAUGGAAUAAAUCACUUUAUGAUGAAUUGGUUCUUGAUUGGCUAUCCUCAAUAGUCAGUUCCAAAGAUAGUAUGGUAACAACUGAUCCAGUACCUUUGAUCUCCUUUUAUGAAAUGUUUUAUUACAUUUUUCAGUGUCUGAUUAAAACAACGUACCAGUCUAUUUGUUUGAAGAUCUUAAGUUCUAGUUUUUGAUCUUUAGAGUGACAUACAACUCUUUCAUCUGAUUCAAUUAAAUAUAGUUAGUGGAAUCAUAAGUUUCUCUGGGCAGCCCAAAACUUCAUUAAUUCUGCUACUACUCACUGAAUCAACAGAGACUUCAGAGCAACUGCUUCGAGAUACUGUAUGUCAUAAUAUAUUAUUUGCCAGCAUAUAUCAGCAGCCUGCCAAAUUUCAGCUACUCAUAACUGAUGUUUGAACCAGGAGGUACAAGUGUAUCUUUCUUAGAAGUACCAAAACUAGAAAGUCCAUUGGAAAAUAUGCUGGAGACACUAGCUGAUUCUGAAGUAGUUCUUUAUGAAUUGUCUAUGUAUAUCACAUCAUAGCUCUUCCCAAAGAAAUGUAAAGGCAACCUUGACUUGGAGGUGGUCUAAUGCCUUCAGAAAGGUUUAUUAGCAUGCCUGCUACCUCUCUCUGUUUAACUGUCCUUACUAAGAUUUGCAAACAUCCAAAAUCCAAUGUUCUGAGAUGAUGAUCACGGCAGACCUUUGUUUCCAGUGAACUCUUUGUUCCUUCUGAAGUCACAGUGCAGUAUUGUGUCCAAAGUGCCUGAAUUCUCUAUGCAUCAGUGUCAUGUUCCUCUUGUAUAGGAGUUGACUUUUUUCCUGUUUCCUUUUCCUGGAUAUUUAAAGAAUGUUGUGUCUUCCUUAUUCACUCCACCUCUGCCUGUCCUGCUGUUUGAUUUAUCUAGGCUUUCUGAAUUUUUUGAGGUUUGUUUUGCCCCUUGCAGCUCCAUGCAGCUGCAAAUCCUAGUAACAUCAUUACUCUGUUUUUUCUCUAUUACAAUAUCAGUGCAAAACCUGUUGUUGCUAAUGGUGUCCUACUGAUAACUGUAUUUGUCAAAGCUAUUUUGUUGGCUGUGCUAUAUUGCCAUUGGCAUCCCCAUGUGUCUUCUGGGGGCUGAACUUUUGAUACUCAACUGACAAUGGCUUGUUGCUUCAAAGUGUUGACCUGCUGCUGUAGUACUUUGUCAUCAGUGUUAGAUCUGUAGCCCUUAGCACUGACUAAGUUUGUAAACUGUCUCUUUUAUGACACAAAUAGGACAGCUUGCACUACCCUGAGAUCCUUCCCUUACAGAGUGUCUUCAAGAUUCCUCCCAAGGUUCGUGUGAUUCUCCUAGACUGGCUUGCCAAAGACCCAAUGUCUGUUAAGAAUAACUCAAAAAUGUUUCCAGUCUCUUCACUGAUCUUCCAGAGAUUUAUAAGACUACUUCUAUUUUCCAUGUUUUAAGAUUGUGUCUUACAUUGGGUUUUAGUGUACAGGUAUCUACCAGGGACUGUUUGUUCCUGACUCCCUCUAGAAGAGCUCUCUCAAAAUCCAGAGCCUAAAGCCUCUUAUGCUUUGGCCCAAAUGAAUGCAUUUCAGAACCUCAGAAGUGCAGAACGUCAUACAGAAAUCACUUUAACUAUAGUAAUAGGAAGCUUAUGGUAUACUGAGGAAGUUACUGAUAUAUUUAGUCAGCUGUUUUCAUAAUCCUUUUUGAAGAUGAUAAAAACACUUAAAGCUACUUUUAAGGUCAGAGACUUGUUAAUAGCCAUAAUAAAGCUAGCCGUACACCUGAAUGAUAGUGGGGAGCUGUGAUACAGGAGAAUGUUAUCUAAACCUAAAUCAUGUUCACUUACUGUUGUGUGUUUUUAAAUUUCACAUGUGCUGUUUAAACAGCGCAUUUUUUGUAGCAGUGUGUCGUUAGUCCAGUGUUCAUUCAGUUGGCUGUCCCAAAAAGAAGGAUGCUAUUUCAGGGUAUUUAGUGCAUGUCAUAUGCUUUUGGGUACUUUAAGUUUGCAGGUGCAAGCGCUGCAUUGAUAUUCAUGGCAGGGUUUGUUUCUGUGCUAGCUUUACAGAGUGCUUUCAGUUUUUUGUGCAGGUAAGCAGGUACCACACAUCUUACAGAAAUAAAAGUUUUGGGAAGACAGCAGUUCAUUUCGUCAGCUCUUGAUUCUUCUCUUCCCCCUCACCUCCCAAACUGUUUCUGCCUGUUGAAACCUUUGCUCUGUUGGAGUUCAAACUCACAUUGAUGAGACCAAGAUUUCAGCUUCCAUAUUCAAAAACUACUUGCUACCAGAUUAGCAUUUUAGGACCACAAAAUCAAUACUCAGUAGCUUCUUUUCAGCAGUGUGAAAUUAAAAAUAUGUCUUUUUUAUAUUGUCAUUCUGGGUUUUUUGUGUGUUGUGACAUUAAAACUGCAGAAA